AUGGAACGGAUUUUACCAGCAGCAAGUGAAAUAGAAAAACAUGAAUUUUCUUAUUUAUUAACAAAACGUACAUAUCAUAGUAUAUCUGAUAGUCAUUUAUGGUUUUCAAUAUUUUCUCGUCCACCAUCAAAUCGAUUUACACGUGUUCAACGAUGUACUUGUUGUUUUACUUUAUUUUAUGUUUCAAUGUUUUUAAAUAUAAUGUAUUAUGAUUUAUCAAAUCAAGCAAAAAGCAAUAAUUCAACAAAUUCAGCCAGUUUAUCGGUUGGUUCUCUUCAAAUCAAUUCUCAACAAAUAAUAAUUGGUAUUAUUGUUGAUUUCUUUGCAUUCAUUCCAAGUCUUUUGAUUGUACAAUUAUUUCGACGUCUUAGAUCUCGUCAAAAACAACUUUCACCAUUACAGCAAGCAUUACAUAAAAUUAAACCACAUUUACAAAGUCAAAAGAAAAACAAUCAAAAAUCUUCAUUAACAUUUCCUUGGUGGUGUAUAUUUAUUGCAUAUGGACUUUGUGCAGUAUUAGUUGGUCUUUCUAUUCUAUUUAUAAUUGCUCGUGGAAUUGAAUUUGGUGAUGAGAAAAUUGAACAAUGGUUAAUAUCAAUUGUAACUGGAUUUCUCUCAUCGAUCUUUUUCUCACAACCAAUAAAAAUACUAAGUCUGGCGAUACUAUUUGCUUGUUUUUGUCGACGAUCGAAUGAUGAUUACGAAGCAAACGAAUUUUUAGAUAAUAAUCAAGUUGAUUUAAAUAAUGAUGAAGAAUAUCUUCAUUCGAUUAAGAAGAGAUCUUUGUUUACUUAUCGUGCACCAGUUCGUGCAAAUCGUUUAAACGAAAGUGAAGUUAUUUAUGCUCGUGAUCGACGUUUACAAGAAAUCUAUAUGUGGUCAAUUAUUCGAGAAAUAGUUCGUUAUUUAUGGUUUUUCUCACUUCUUUCUAUUUUAACUUAUACACAUCGUGAUUUGAAUUCAUUUAAUCAAGUUGAUCAUUUACAAAAAUAUUUUCUAAAUUCAAGACAAAUCAAUUCAGAUUAUACAACAGUUUCAACAAUAGAUGAUUAUUGGAAUUGGUUAGAAAAUAGUUUUGUUGAAAAUAUUCGUGCUCAACAAUGGUAUAAUGGUGAACCACCUAAGAACUUAAGUGGUUUUAUUAAUGAUAAAACAAAUCGAUUCAUUGGAUGGGCAACAAUGAGACAAUUACGUGUUAAAUCUCAAUUAUGUCUUGCUAACAAUGAAAUUAUUUUAACAUGUCAGUAUGAUUAUAGUUUAUCAAAUGAAGAUAAACAUUCCUAUCAACCAGGAUGGUUAAAUGAAACCAUAGAAACGUAUAGUUCAUCCAUUAGUCAAUCAUUUCAAUAUAAAUCAAGUAAAGAUUUAGAUACAUAUACUUAUGUUGGAGAUUAUGGAAGUUAUGAAGGUGGUGGUUAUGUUUAUGAAUUUCGAGGUCGUUUAGUUGAUCUUCAAACUAAUGUAUCUCAACUUUAUCAAUUAGGAUGGAUUGAUGAUAAAACAAGAGCUGUGAUUAUUCAAUUAACUUUAUAUAAUCCAAAUGUUCAAUUAUUUACUUCAGUUACUUUUCUUGCAGAAUUUUUAUCAUCAUCUAGAGUUUAUCCAACAGCUCGUUUUGAACCAUUUAAUUUUUAUGCGUUUACAUCAAAAUUUCAAUUAAUUGUGAUAAUUCUUUACAUGUCAAUGAUGAUAUAUCACAUGUGGAUAGAGAUUCGAUUAUUAUUUGAACUGAAACGAAAAUAUUUUUAUCGAUUCUGGUCAUAUAUAGAAGUUGGAAUAAUUGUAUGUGCAUGGACAACUGUUGGAAUUUACAUUUGGCGAUAUCAUCAAUGUGAACGUAUUGGUCAAUUAUUUAAAGAAACAAAUGGAUAUAUUUAUAUUAAUUUACAAUUCGCAUCUUAUGUUAAUGAUAUUUUAACAAUCCUAUUGGGGUUUUCUUGUUUUUUUGGUACAAUUAAAUCCAUUAAACUUUUACGUUUUAAUCAACGUCUUUGUUUAUUUAUUGAAACACUUAAAUACGCAAAAACAGAUUUAAUACCAUUCUCAAUGAUGUUUUCAAUUAUAUUUAUAGCAUUUCUUUCUCUUUUUUAUUUAUUAUUUAGUGGAAAGAUUUCUUCUUGUUCAAGUUUAUUAGACACGGCACGUAUGUUAUUUGAGAUAACAUUAAUGAAAUUUGAUGCACAUGAAUUAAGUGAAGCAUCAGCAUUUCUUGGUCCAUUCUGUUUUAGUUUAUUUAUUAUUUUGGUGAUAUUUAUAUGCAUGAGUAUGUUUCUUUCAAUAAUUAAUGAUAGUUUCCGUCUUGCAAGAGAGCAUGCCGAUCCACAUAAUCAACAGAUCUUUGCAUUUAUAUUGAAAAAAUUUCAACGAUGGACAGGUUUUAAAAAAAUAACAGAUGAAGAAAUUCAAGAAGAACGAGAUACAAUAAUGCGUUCAGAAUAUUUUCAUCCAAUUGAAAAUUUUCCAGAAAGAAUCGAUCAACUCUUAGAUGCAAUCAAUCGAUGUGAAUCAGAUGAAUUUCAAUGUCGUAAUAGAAUGUGCAUUCCAGUCGAGUUUGUCUUCGAUGCAACGCCUGAUUGUAUGGAUUUGAGUGAUGAGCAAGCGCUUGAUGAACUCUUCAAAAAGUACCAAAACUGUGCAAUACAGUCGACGCUCGAGUGCGAUGAUCGACUGUGUCAUAAAGACCAGUUUUCAUGUGGAAAUGGUGAAUGCAUUCCAUGGUCAGCAAUUGUGAACGACCAGAAAGACUGUGGUAACUACCGUGAUACUGGUUACAUUUGUGAAACAUCGAGCUUGCUGUUAGCGAGUCAUGUGGAAUGGACUGGAAUCUGUAAACAAACGAUGGAACUUGCUCCUCCUUUAAAAAACAGUUCAGACUGUCGACAAACUCUUGGACAUUUACUACAAACUCAUCCUUCUCAGCAAUUCAGGGAUCUUGCCAUUAUCAAUCUCAGAACUCGUUGUGAGAAUCUCAUCCUAUAUGUAGAACAAAAUGCUUUCUUUCCAGGUUUAAAAAUAGUCUACAAUCGCUCUCGUAUCGAGAUAUUCAUCGGCAAUCGAAGUAAUUUACAAAAACCAAUACCAAAGACACCUGAUCUAUACUAUUUCACUGGUGUCAUUGUCUGCAACGGAAUAUCAUUAAAUAUAGCGGAAAAAAUCAGGUUCAGUUAUCAAGAUUUGCAACAACUCGCUUCUUACCCAUUUUUUCCACUCUUUCACUUACUUUGCCAAAAAAUAAUAAAUCAAUCGUUGGGUAAUAUGAAAACUGAAAAUAAUUUAGAUUCAUCAAUCUCAACAUCGUUCUAUCGAUGCAAAAACACAUCAGAUCGCGUGUCGUUACGUCGAAUCAAUGAUGGUUAUAUCGAUUGUCUUUAUGGCGAUGAUGAGAGGAAUCCCCAUUAUCCAAUGACUCAACUGUUUCGUUAUCAAUGCCAAACUGUCACAUCCCCAUCUCAAUAUGUCAGUUAUACUAAACUAGGUGAUGGCGUGGUGGAUUGUACCGACGGAAGUGAUGAGGUAUCCAAUGAAAUACGCUGGUCAACCUUCAAAUGUGAUGUAAAUGAUAAUUAUGCGUGUUGGGUUUUCCAAGGCGAUCAGUUCGGAGAGAAUCGUCUAAAAGACGCUCGACUUCAUUUUCAUCGUUACUGCGAUUCGAUCUGGGAUACGAUAGAUGGUCAAGACGAAAAGAACUGCUCAUAUUGGAUAUGUGAUCCCGGUUUGUACAAGUGUAAUAUAACAGGACAAUGCAUCGAGCGAAAAUAUUUUUGUGAUGGUGAAUUCGAUUGUGAUGAUGGUGAAGACGAAAUAAAUUGUUCUUUACCAUGGGUACCAUGGAAUCUCGAAGCGAAAUGCAACAAAAGCACUGAAUUUUUCUGCAUCACUGAUGACUAUGUGAAGAAUCAAAGUUUGAAUCGUUCUUGUAUUCAUCGAAGUCGAGUAGGUGACGGGCACAUUGAUUGUAUUGGAGCUCGCGACGAACGUAAUGUUGCAUCGUGUCCGGAUCAUCGGAUAGUUGGUGAUCGUUUCUUGUGUGAUAAAGGAAAAAAAUGCAUCGAUUACAUGGCAAUAUGCAAUGGAAUCAAGGAUUGUGUGGACGAAACUGAUGAGUCAAUUUGCUAUUGGAAUAAUGGUUCGUGUCCUGUCGGACAGUUUUCUUGUGCAGAUCAAAAAGAUUGCAAGAGUACGAGAUGUAGAGGACAAAUAGCAUGCAUUGAUAAGUCCCAUCGUUUCUGGUGUCCGAAUUCAAACAGUGAAAAUUAUGUCUAUCGCUCGAGUAAGUAUAGAUCAGUAAUUGACAAUAAAAAAAGAUGUUACAAUCAAUUGAAAUCCAACACCAAACUUGCAAUUCCAUCGUCAUUCUCAAAUCAACAAGUGAAAGCAUUGGCUCACCGAAACUUCUACUGUAAUCGAGGUUUUUAUCUGCACGUAGUCGCCAGCUCCGAAUUCUUCUGCUUUUGUCCGCCGACUUUUUACGGUGAUCGUUGUCAAUACAACAAUCGACGAGUGGGCUUUCGGUUUCGCUUCGAUCGAGGGCAACGCUCUGAUCUUCCAUUUAUUCUGAACGUUCUUGUCACACUUGUUCUGAACGGAAGCACAGUAGUUGAUCAUCAAUUUUUUCUUGAUGCAGCCAAAGAACACUCAUCAAAGUUUAUUACCUACUUGAUCUAUCCUCAUCCAAAACCUUCGGGUACCUAUUCUGUUCGAAUUGAAACCUAUCAUUCUACAGAGUUAAUCCAUUUCUGGGAAUAUCCUGUCAGUCCACUGGACUUUUUGCCUGUACUACUUAUUACCAAAGUGCUCCGAUUUCCUGCUCGUUCAUUUCCCUGGCUUUGUUCACACAACUAUUGUGAAAAUAAUGGAAUCUGCCAUCAACGAGAGGACAACCGAUUUCUCUGCAUUUGUGCAUACGGUUGGAAAGGUAAACUGUGCGAGAUGAGAACUGAGUACAUUCAUUGUGCAUCACAUUCGCUAGCACGAACAGAAGCUAUCUGUGUUUGUCCGAAAGGCUACCUCGAACCUUACUGUUACGUUCAAAAUCUAAAAUGCCAACAACAUAACUGUGAACUGAAUGAAACUUGCAUUCCACGAUCAAAUCUUCCUAUCUAUGGAUAUACUUGUAUUUGUAACACAUCUAAUUGUAAUGUUAAUAGACCAGUGAUUAGUGUUCAGCGACAAGAGCCGAAUCAAUCACCAUUUCUUUUACAAUUACUCCAGCUUGCAGGAGAUUAUCCGAAGAUUCGUCAGCAAAUCCUCAUUCAGCCACUCACCUCGUUUCCAUUGAUUCAAACAAUUAAAAUUCGUGAUGGUCGUUAUGUAAUUGGAGAACAACCUGAAAUAGGAUUACUCUUUAUUUUUGAACCAAAUGCAUAUUCAAUCGAGACCACAUUAUAUUUGUUGUUUAUCAAUUGUUCCAGUACGAUGCGAAACUUUUCCGUUGAUCUGGAUCAACAACUAAGCAAAUGUCAUGUUCUACCCGAAAAUCAAAGACAAGCUGUUACCUUGUUUGGCAAUUUUUGCCAAAACUUCACCUAUGGUACUUGCUUUAUAUCUGAUGGAUAUCUCUGUUAUUGUGGUUAUCCGAAUAAAAAUCAUAGUAAUUGUCUUUCUUAUCAACGACGAUACACGUUCGAACUACGUAUUUAUCACUCAAUACAAAUUAGUCAAUCAUCCUGA